AUGCGGCCGCUCAGCGAGGACGAAGCCCAGCUUCAUCGGCGAAAAGGUCCUCUCUUUGGUGGACGCCGGCGACUCGGGGCCGCAGCACGUCCUACGUCUGCAUCGCGAAAGGGUGUAUUACAUGAAUACAGCGGGUGUAUCAACCACAAAAACUUGAUAUCUGCUGGAGUUUGCCUCGGGAAGUUCACGAAGGCCAAGCACUUCAGGCUGCACAUCACGGCGCUACACUACAUGGCUCACUACUCUAAAAGCAAGGUGUGGCUAAAGUCUGGAGAGCAAUCAUUUGUCUACGGUAACAACGUCGCGAAGAAACACAUUGGUCAAAUGAGCGAGGACGUGCCGCAAAAUGGAGGAGUUGUUGUCAUGUACAACAACCUGCCGCUCGGUUUUGGCGUGACCUCGAAGUCGACCGAGGCGCUCAAAACGACGCUGCCGGACGACGUUGCCGUCUUCCACCAGGCCGAUAUCGGGGAGUACCUUCGGCACGAAGCCGAAAUCAUAUGA